ACAGGAGGCAAGACUGGUGGAAAGGGCGAUUCGCAAGUCAAGACUCCAAAAUCGCACUCCGCCAAAGCCGGUCUUCAAUUCCCUUGCGGUCGCAUAAAGCGUCACCUCCGAAAUCUCACGCGCCAGAAGACGCGCAUCGGCGCCAAAGCCAGCAUCUAUCUGACUGCCGUACUUGAAUACCUGACUGCUGAGGUUCUCGAGCUUGCAGGCAAUGCCGCCAAGGAUCUCAAGGUCAAGCGCAUCACGCCACGCCAUCUCCAGCUCGCCAUCCGAGGUGAUGAAGAACUCGAUACGCUUAUCCGUGCCACCAUUGCCUUUGGAGGUGUUCUGCCGCAUAUCAACCGUGCACUAUUGCUCAAGGUAGAGCAAAAGAAGAAGAGCGGAGGUGCUGCCAAGGUCGGCGAGGCGUAG